CGAAAAUGCAUGAUAUGCAUGCCAGAAAAUACGCAGGAUAGGCGCAGGUGCAGGCUAUGCACGGUCAAAAAGUGCACGAUAUGCACUACAGGAAAUCUGCAGAAUAUGCGCAGCGCACAAUAUGCGCCAGUGCAGGCUAUGCACACUCAAAAUGCACGAUAUGCACACCCAAAAUACGCAGACUAUGCGCAGCACACGAUAUGCACCAUCAAAAUGCGCGAUAUGCACAGUAA